AUGGCAGACUCGGGCGUGGGAGGGUGGAAUCGCCUUCGGCUUCGGAACACUUUUCUCGAGGUGACCUCAGAAGAGGACGUCCUUCGUGCUUCGGUAAAGUGGAGCAGAUUUUCUUCUUGGCCUUGUGGCGAGAGUGAUGCGCCGGAGCAACGAGGAGAAUCGGUCCAUUGCUUCGAUGCCGGGAUGCAGGUCCCGCCGUCGUCGCCGUCUUCGUCCAUCGUGGAGACGGAUUUCACAGCAUCUACUACGUCUACUGCCCACUCGAGUUCCGGUGAAUGCAACCCGUGCAUAUUCUUUGCGAGCUCCGCGGGGUGCCACAAGCAUGAGAGUUGUUCGUUUUGCCACCUCCAUCCAGCAAGGAAGGACGGUCCAGCAAGACGUGCACGCAAGCAAACUCGCGAUAAAUACAAGUCACAGGUGAUGCAGCUCUUUGCUGGAAAUCACGAGGACAUGCAGUCGCAGCAGGAGAAGCUUCAAAAACUUGCCAAAGGCAAUUGGUAUGUCCGUGCGUACAUUUUGGCGUGCUUGAAUGGCCACGAAAUGAUUGCCGACGGGUGCAUCAACGGAAUUCCUGAGGAAGAUCGACGUGGGAUUCUCGAACCAGGGCCUGUCCAACGCAUAGCAGAGUGA